UAUUCAUUAAAUUAAUUAACGCCCAUCGAUUAUUCGACGAUUUUAUUGUAAAAUUUUCUCUUCAGAACAACGAUCCCGACGACGAACAUCUUCGAUGAUGAAAAAGAAACGAAAAACCGAGCCAACAAGGAAAAAGGAAAAACAAUCAUUAUCAUCAUCAUCCAGUUUGUUGAUGAAAGGAUCUUCCAAAUCUGGCAAUGUACCAACAGGUCAUAAUAGCUAUCGACAAUCUAAUUCGGUCACUCCUUUAAACAAAAAACGAUCAUCGUCAUCAUCAUCAUCAAGGAUUAAAAGUCGCCGUGACCAUCAUGACGAUCAUUUGAAUGCAAAUAAAAAUGAUGAGCAUUCAAAACGAUCUCGACGAACAAAUUCAUUGCCUAAAAGUAAUGAUAAAUCUAAAAAUGGAUCAAAAACCUACGACAACAAAAAUGACAAUGGCAAUCAUAUGUUUAAACAUAAUGUAUCCAAUUGGUUAACAAAUUUCAACCAUUUACAUUCGCAUACAUGUCAAGAUGGCCAGGUCGAAAAACAAAACAACAUCCAAACGAUUAUACAAUCACCGAAAAACAGAAACCCAGAUAAUGAUCAAUCGAAUCGUGGACAUGGUGGUCAUUACAUUCCAUCUUCAUUGCCAUCUCGCAAUGGUGGACGUGAAUCGUUUAUUCAGGUUCAAAAUUUUGGUCAACAAUUGUGGCCACAUCAAGAACGACAAGUUCAACAACAACGACAACAACAUUGUUCGACCAUUCGGCCAAAUCGAUGCCAAUGGCUAUGUGAAGACAACUCUAACAAAAUCAUUAGGUCCACCACUGCCAUUAUCGUCAUGGUCAUUGUGCCACCCCGAAUAUAAUCGUCGACAACAACAACCUAGUAUUAAUAGAUCCGGUCUAAUGGUAGGACGACAUAAACAUCAACCAUUGCCGUUUACUUCUACUACUACGAACAUGGAUCAAUCCAUUCCAUAUUCAUUAGGCGGUGAACGUGUUGGCUGGGAAUAUCAUGACAUAACAUUAUCCCGUGUACCUGUGUAUGGAUUCGGUAUAGCGGUCAGUGGUGGCCGUGAUAAUCCUCAUUUCAUGAAUGGUGAUCCAUCCAUUGCCAUAUCUGAUGUGCUGAAAGCUGGACCAGCCGAAGGAAAAUUAUUGGUCAAUGACAGAGUGAUCAGUGCAAAUGGUAUAUCAUUGGAAAAUGUUGACUAUAGCCAAGCGAUUCAUGUGUUACGUGAAUGCGGCAAUACAGUCAAUCUAUUGAUCAAACGACGUGCAUUGAUUUCGACAAUGAAUUCUACCCAUUUUUCAUCAGUAAAUGAUGCCAACAAUAAUAAUCUGAUUAAAAUUACAUUGACCAAGAAUAGUAAAAAAGAAGAUUUAGGCAUUGUACUUGGCUGUAAAAUUUUUAUUAAAGAAAUUGUUAAUCGAAAUCUAACCACGAAUGGUGACAAAGAAAAUCACCUACAAGAAGGCGAUGUUAUCCAAAAGAUAAACAAUACAAAUGUUGAAAAUUUAUCGCUAAAAGAAGCAAAGAAAUUAUUGGAUAACUGUAAAGAUAAAUUAACAUUAGUUGUUCGACGUGAUAUGAUGAUAAAUCAGAAUUUUCUUAAUGAAAAUAGAAAUUACAUUAAUGGCCAUAGUCGAAGCAAUAGUGGCAUAUCGAACAUGUUUCGACAACAACAUCAACAUCUAACACAGAAAUGGCCACAAAAUGGAUAUGAAUCAUCAGCACAAUCACCAUUGCCCAAUACAUCGCUUUCGAAUAAUAAUGAACUGGCCAAUGAUAAUGUUAAUCAUGGCCAAUCACCAUACAAUUCAUCCAGUAUAGCCACUAUGGCCAAUAGUCGAUCCACUAAUGGUUGGAGUAAUCAAAAUCUAUAUGUUCAGCCACCAACCCGAAUGAAUGAUUCAUCAUUGAUUAAUGGCAAUCAUGAUACUACGAGAAAUCGUGAACUGAUUAAUGGCAAUAUAGAUCAUUGUGAACCGUCAUCCACUAGCAGUAUGAAUACAUCCGAAACAGUCAUAUCUCCAACGGCCAAAUUAUCUUAUCGUCCUUUGCCACAAAAACCAACGGCCACUACAUCCUCAUCGUCAUCAAUACAAUUAGGUGAAACAACUGAAUCUACAAAUACGAAUAUGGUGACAACAUCAUCGAAUGUGAAUUCGAAUCCCGAAACAGUUGUCGAUCAAGAAAUAAGUUUGAUUCCAAAAACGCAAAUAAACAAUGAAAUUCGAUAUAUUGCAUUCCAGAAAGAAGGAAGUGUUGGCAUACGAUUGACCGGAGGUAAUGAAGUUGGAAUUUUCGUGACUGCAGUACAGCCCGGUAGUCCGGCAUAUCAACAAGGAUUACAGGUGGCAGAUAAAAUCCUGAAAGCCAACAAUGUUGAUAUGAAAGAUUUUACUCGUGAAGAAGCUGUACUUUAUCUGUUACGAAUAAAAGAUCGAAUCGAGCUUUAUGUACAGAAUUGCAAAGAGGAAUAUGAGAAUAUUGUUGCCAAACAAAAAGGUGAUUCAUUCUACAUUCGUGUUCAUUUCAACUAUGAUAGUGAAGGAAAAGGAGAACUCAGUUUCCAUGAUGGUGACGUUUUUCAUGUUGUCGAUACAUUAUUCAAUGGUGUAGUUGGAUCCUGGUUUGUUUAUCGACUUGGCCGUAAUAAUCAGGAAAUUCAGAAAGGUUCCAUACCCAACAAAAGCCGUGCCGAUGAAUUGGCAACCGAACAGCGAUUGGAAAAUCGUUCGAAAAAAUCCAAUUCAGGAACCGAUGAUUUAAGCAUAACCGAAACCGGUAGUAGUCGAAGAAGUAAUUUUUUCAAACGUCGUCGCAGUGCACGAAGAUCAAAAUCACUUUGUCGUGAAAAUUGGGAAGAUAUUUUAUUUGGUGAUGCUAAUUCAAAAUUUCAGGCCUAUGAACGUGUCGCACUUAGGCAUCCUGGAUUCGUACGGCCGGUCAUAUUUUUCGGUCCAUUAGCCGAUAUUGCUCGCGAAAAACUACUACGAGAUUAUCCGGAUAAAUUUGAAUCACCACAAUCGAUGAAUAGUUCGAAUGAAGAAUCGACAAAGAAUUCAAAAUUGAACAACUCGGGAAUCGUGCGAUUAUCGGCAAUCAAAGAGAUUAUUGAACAUGGAAAGCAUGCCUUGUUAGACAUAACUCCAUCCGCUGUUGAUCGAUUAAAUUAUGCUCAAUUCUAUCCGAUCGUCAUAUUUAUGCGUGUCGAAAAUAAAUCGAUCGUCAAAGAAUUGAGAAAUCGUUCUUCCACAAAAAACACCGUGCAUCGAAGUUCACGUAAAUUAUUUGAACAAUCAAUCAAAUUGGAAAAAAUAUGGCAUCAUGUCUUUACCUCGUCCAUUACAUUGACAAGCGGUGGUGAUUUAUGGUAUAAAAAAUUACGUGAAAUCAUUGACAAACAACAGACCCAAAAUGUAUGGAUGUCCGAAUUUAAACCUGACGAAUCCAUUUCGGAUGAUUUUCUAUUUCCGAUGAAUUCCAUUUCUCGUCUUAGUUAUGCAUCAUCACCAGAAAGUGAUCUUGAUAUCUCAAUGAAUGAUGGCAAAAUGGAUGAUGAUGAUGACAAUGAAAACCGUGAUAAAGACAAGGACGGUGGUUUCCUAUCAUCGACCAGUGGUGGUCGAUUGGCUAAAUCUUCUAGCGAUCCAAGUCUGGCAAAAAUUGAUCCUGCCUCAACGACAGCAGAAACGAUGGUUUCGUUUGAAACCAACACACCGAAAGCUGAUGAAACAAAAUCUAUAGAAAAUCAAUCAACAAUGCCCAUUAAGAAUGAUCAACAAUCACCAUCAUCACCAAACAACAAACAGAUUCCUUUACAUUUAUUGCUUAAAAAAGAAUUGACCAAAAAUAAUUCAUUCCAAAAACGUAUGGAACAACAACAACAAAUUGAUAAUAUUCCGAUUACCGAAUAUCCAACACUUAAGCUGGGCGACACUCAAUCAAUGUCACUGGAUCGAACUGCAGUGGGUGUGAAUGCUGAAUCUCCAUUACCUCCACCACCGCCGUUCCCUCCUUUGCCUCAACCAGCUACUUCGAAUUCAUCAAAACUUGCUGUCGAAAUUCCACCACGAAUCGAUCGAAAUUCCAAACCAUCACGAUUUCGAUCAGCUCAUGAACGAUUAUUUGGCUCAAGUAGUAGUUCCAAAGCAACACAGCCAGCACCACCUUUACCGCCACCAACCUCUGUUGCUUCAUCGGUUCAUAAUGGUAGCAAUGGACAUCAAUAUGAUGAUUCGGAUUAUAUCAAUACAACUGUUUUCGAAUAUGCUACGGAUAAGCUGCAAAAGAUUGAACAAUCAGUCGAUCAACAUAUGAUGGAACAAAAAAACAGCGUGUUGCCUCGUACUACUGGAUCAUUUAUAAAUGAUCCAUACAAAUUCACUCGUAGUGCAGCUCAGUCAGUACAACCGAAACCAUCCAGUUUAGAACGAACAAAAAAGCCGCUUCCUCCACCUCUUCCUGCUCCAGCAAACGGCAAAACUGAAUCACCCGGAUAUCUUCAACAUCCGACUAAAACUCCUCCUUCACCACCACCAAAACCGAAACUAAACAAUCAUUCAUUGCAAUAUCAGAUGAAUGCGAUGACUUUGAAUGACAAUCGACAACAAAUGCUUAAUAAUGGCAGUAAACCAUACAUGUCGACAACAAACAUGAUGCAUGAUCGAAAUCAUCAACAAGGAUAUGGUGAUUAUGACAAUAUGCCACCACUCUACCCACUUAAAGUGCCACCGAAAAGAGCUUUGAAUACGGUGGCCACAAAUUCAUCUGAAAUGUCAAAUGGGCCACCUGGUUAUUACCAAUCACUACCACAUUCGUCUUAUCAUCAUGGCUAUCCGACAUCAAAAGACCACUCCAUUCAUCAACGAUAUUCAUCACAUGCUGAAACCAUAUCGAAUUUUAUCAAUGGUACAACCACCUAUAACAAUACAGAUAUGAAUGGUAAUUUAAAUAUGAAAGACAGAACGGCUUAUAUCGAUUCGAUGCAAGGAGUUAAAGCGAACAAAGUGGCUGUUCAUAUGGAUCCAAGUGCCAAUCAUUAUAAUCAUUCUCAACCAAAUUAUGACAAUCUUUGUUAUCCAUCGUCGUCUGGUCUGUACAUGAAUUCGACAGCGAAUUAUAUGCCACCACCACCACCGUUGCCACAGCAGCAGCCAAAUGAUAAUACAUAUCUGAAUUUUCCAUUUAAUGUUCGAACAUUCGAAAAUCCAGUAGGCUAUGAUCAUCAUGGACCGAUGGCAUCUUCAAUGAUGAAUGAUAUGAAUGGUCAUAAUGGACAGCCAUCACCUUUACCACCUCCUCCACCAUUACCAACAUAUUCUCGUAGCAAUAAUCCAACACCAAAUAUUGUACAACCGAUUCCUCAACAGGCCAGACAAUCUGGUCUUUAUUUAGAUCUAUCUUCGAAUCGUGAGAAUCGAGGCAGUGCAUUCGAACUUUAUCAACGCAAGCCAAUGGAUACAUCAUCGGCACGUAUAUCGACUACCACACCUGGUUCUCCAAUGUUUCACGGUCUACCUCCUCCGCCACCAUUGUUGCCAGUUAAUGACUUCAACCUUGCAAACAUGUACACCAACAUAGACGAAAUCAAUUCGUCGUCACAAUCAUCAUCGAUUACACGAUUUGCUCGUGGUACUGGUGGUGGUGGUGGUGAUAAUAAUACCUUUUGGAAUGGUAACAGUAAUGGUAGUGGAGCGAAAUCAAUGGAUCAAUCGACUGUAAUUGCAACAGCACGUGGUAUAUUUGGAUCCGAAGGCGGCUCAUUAGUGUCGGCCGAAACUGGUGUCAGCAUAAUAAUACCUCCACAUGCUAUACCUGAAGGUGUUACACAGGAAAUCUAUUUUAAGGUUUGUGAAGAUAACAAAUUGGCACCUCCACUUGAUCGUAACUUGGGUGAAACUUUACUCAGUCCAACUGUGAUGUGUGGUCCUCAUGGGCUACGUUUCAACAUUCCAAUCGAACUUCGUCUACCACAUUGUGCCAUUGUUAAUCCGGAAAGUUGGUCAUUCGCACUCAAAUCAAGUGAUAUUAACAACGGCGAACCAACUGGCUGGCGAAACAUUUCAUUAAACAAUGAAUGCGAUCGAAUCAAUGCAAACAAUUUCAAUGAACAAUUUGUCUCUGUUUUGGUUGAUCAUUUUUAAUAAAUCAAUAUUAAUCAAUUA